AUUAAAUUGUUUUCAUCUACACACAGUACCCAAUAAUGACAAUACAAAAACAGGUAUUUAGAAAUGUUUGCAAAUGUAUUAUCAAUAAAAAAACUGAAGUAUCACAUUUACAUACGUAGGUAUUCAGACCCUUUACUCAAUACUUUGUUGAAGCACCUUUGGCAGCGAUAACAGCUUUGAGACUUCUUCGGCGUUACGCUCCAAGCUUGGCAGACCUGUAUUUGAGGAGUUUAUCCCAUUAUUCUCUGUCUCAAGCUCUGUCAGGUUGGAUGGGGAGCGUCGCUGCACAGCUAUGUUCAGGUCUCUUCAGAGAUGUUCGAUUGGGUUCAAGUCAGCACUCUGGUUGGUUCACUCAAGGACAUUCAGAGACUUGUCCUGAAGCUACUCAUGCGUUGUCUUAGCUGUGUGCUUAGGGUCAUUGUCCUGUUGGAAGGUGAACCUUUGCCCCAGUGUAAGGUCCUGAGUACUCUGGAGCAGGUUUUCCUCAAGGACCUUUCUGUACUUUUAUCUGUUCAUCAUUCCCUCAAUCCAGACAAGUCUCCCAGUCCCUUCCGCUAAAAAACAUCCCCACAGUAUGACGCUGCCACCACCAUGCUUCACCGUAGGGAUGGUAUUGGCCAGGUGAUGAGUGGUGCCUGAUUCUUGACAUUCAAGUUAAAGUGUUCAAUCUUAGUUUCAUCAUACCAGAUAAUCUUGUUUCUUAUGGUCUGCGUGUUUUUUUUUGCAAAUUCCAAGCGGGCUGUCAUGUGUCUUUUACUGAGUGGCUUCUGUCUGGCCACUCUACCAUAAUGGCUUGAUUGAUGGAGUGCUUUAGAGAUUGUUGUCCUUCUGGAAGGUACUCCAAUCUCCACAGAUGAACUCUGGAUCUCUGUCAGAGUGACCAUCGGGUACUUGGUCACCGCUCUGACCAAGGCCUUUCUCCCCUGAUUCUGGCCAGCUCUAUGAAGAGUCUUGGUGGUUCCAAAUGUGGUGGUCCCAUAGUUAUCAGUGCAUGUCAGAGCAAAAACCAAACCAUGAGGUUGAAGUAAUUGUCCUUUGAUCUCAGAGACAGGAUUGUGUUGAGGUACAGAUCUGGGGAAGGUUACCAAAACAUUUCUGCAGCAUUGAAAGUCCCCAAGAACACAGUGCCUUCCAUCCAUCUUAAAUGGAAGACAUUUGAAACAACCAAGACUCCCAGGUCGCAAACAGGCCGUUGUGAUAGAGUGGACAGAUGAAAUAGCCUCUUCAGUAAAAGGCACGUAACAGCCCGCUUGGAGUUUGCUAAAAGGCACCUAAAGGACUAAACACUGGCCAGCUAACAUGUGGCGUACUGUCAUGUCUCCUCAGGUUGUGGAUUAUGGUCCAAACUGAGCACUGACAUCACCCAAAACUGUUAGUCUUAAACAGUUAUUCUAUUUCCCAAGUAAAAUAGCCUUUGAGUGACCAAAAUAUCACCCAUACUAUGCUACCUUUUACUUUCUUAUCUAACAGUCAGUAAGACUGAAGGACAGGCGAGGUGGGCACAGCAACAUCCAAUCCUAUCAUACAUUACAUCAUGUUUUCAUAAAUUGUUUGUUUAUUUAACCGUUUGUUCAUUUGUGAGCUCACAUGCGCAUGUGUGUGUGUGUGCAGAGAGACUCCGAGGAGGGGAGUGGCUGUCAGAAAUUCAGGGAUAAAUAAUGAGGCAGAGCUCAGAGUUUGUCAGAAGGCGGACCUGACAGGGUCACACACAGGACCAAGCAGGAGCAGGACCUCAACGUUUUGAUAAUUUUCUACAAAUGGAGGAACAUGAAGAUGUUCAAUAUUGUUUUAAAGACAGAAACUCUUCUUGUAGAAAGGCUUUGCAAUCGGCAUCUAUCUACAUAACACUGUACAUCUUCUUCGCUGUGAUUUCAACAGUUACAGUAUUUUUGAACGUACUGGUGAUCAUCUCCAUCUCUCACUUCAGGCAGCUCCACACUCCAACCAACCUGCUCAUCCUCUCUCUGGCUGUGUCAGAUCUCCUGGUGGGACUGAUUGUGAUACCAGUAACGACUGUAGCAAUAAUGGAAUCAUGCUGGGGUUUUGGGGAAUAUUUCUGUGUGUUUCAAUUCUACGUCUCUUGUUUGUGUACUUCUUUAUCUCUGGGCAAUUUGGUCUUGAUAUCUAUUGACCGCUAUGUUGCUGUGUGUGAUCCCUUAUCGUACCACUCUAAAAUAACAAUAGCAAGAAUGAUGUGUGGUAUAUCCAUUACCUGGUGUUGUUGUAUCAUAUACGAUGCUACUAUUAUAAAAAACUUUGUAAGUGUACAGGUUCCGAGUAGGUGUUUGAAACAAUGUUUAAUUGUUGAAGGGUUAAAUUGGGUUACUAUAAUUGACCUUGUACUUAAAACGGUUGUCCCGUGCUCUAUUAUUAUAACACUUUAUUUGAAAAUCUUUGUGGUGGCCAGAUCACAGGCCAGAAAGGUGUUUUCAAAAGAGGCUGCCAGUGUGUCUGGUGUUAAAACUGUACAGGCAAAUAAGUCUGAGAGGAAAGCAGCAAAAACUCUGUCUAUUGUUGUUUUCAACUAUCUCAUUUGUUGGACUCCAUCUCUAUUUCUUUUCUUUCUUUCUUUUUUAACUGAAAAUGUAUCAUUCUUCAUCAUCAGUUUUCUGCCACUUUUUAAUUCCUUAAUUAAUCCAAUAAUUUAUGCUUUUUUUUAUCCAUGGUUCAAAGUGACAGCUAAAAUUAUUUUAACUCUGAAUUUAAUACAUUCAUAAGUCCUACGUUUUUAUUUCCCAGUUUGACAAACAGGUUUGCUACAGUUGUGUCAUACAAUUGUUGUAAUUGUUUCUUUCAUGUAACAAUACUCUUUCAUUACAACUUCCUAAUAUUUAUUUGCGCCUCCUUUUGACCACAGAACAGCCUGAAUUCGUCAGGGCAUGUACUCCACAUGUUGUCAAAAGUGUUCCACGGGGAUGCAGGCCCAUAUUGACUCUAAUGCUUUCCACAGUUGUCUCAAAUUGGCUGGAUGUUCUGUGGGUAAUGGACAUUUCUUGAUACACACAGGAAAUUGUUGAGCGUAAAAAACAUAAAACCGUUGCCAUUCUUGAAACACUCAAAACCAAUUCCCCUGGCACCUAGUACCAUACCACUUUCAAAGGCACAUCAAUAUUUUGCAGAGCAGCUCUCUCAGAAUCUGUUUAGUGUGAAUAAAUAUGGAGAUAGGUAACACUUUAUAAUAACACGUUGUAAUGAAGAAUGUAUAAUGGUUUACUAAAUAGUUUAUUCAUCAUUCAUUUAUCAUUACUCCGUCUUUAUGUUUUUUAACAUUGUCCUCUAGUGGCUCAAUUGGGACACAACGCCUUCAACAAGUGUACUGAAGUUGAAAUUAACAAUACUGUAUGAUAUCAGAUAACGUCCAAGUCUAACUCAAUGGUGUAUUGUGUAAGUAGUUGAUGGUAAAAUUAAAGAUUAUGGGAUAUGCAA